UAUUGCUAUUGCUAUUGCUAUUUUAGUAAAGAACACUAAAAUAGAAUUGAUACACAUGAUGUAUUUGGGGGUGUAGUAUAAUAAAUUUAUUUCCCUGUCCACAUUCAAAGGGGCAAGAGUCCAAUUCUGCAUUUCAUAAUUUCAGUUGACCUUGAAAUACAGAAGAAAACCACUGCAUUCGGGCCCCUCCCCUUAGUUUCUUUAAGAUCGUCUUUUUUUAAAAAAAAAUCUGAAUAAAACGCCACUUUCAUCUUCCAUGAUUUGUUCUAAAGAUCCCAUGCUGUUGGAGCGGCUGCACCCAGGCAAAGUGGAUGGCGUGCUUUCCCAGUACACCGCUGAUUUUCAAGAGCAGGAAAGCUUACCUGGAGCUGGUUCGGCCGAAACCUCGGCGGCUUCCGAUGUUUUCCCCUACAUGGAUCAUUGGAAUGUUCACACUCAGAGAGUAUCGCUUCGGGAGAUCAUGUCGGAAGAAAUUGCGCUGCAAGAAAGACUAACAGUGAAACCUUCCCCUUGCAUUGCUAAAAAAGACUGUGCUGCGAAACUGAAGGAGAAACAACUUCUGGAGUUAUUCCCAACCAUCAGCGCAAACUUUUUGAUGGACAUCUUCAAGGAUAACAAUUACUCCUUGGAGCAAACUGUCCAGUUCCUCAAUAACGUUCUAGAGGCAGAUCCCAUAAAAACAGUGAUCGCGAAAGAGCCCGCUCAGAAUGCCAGGCGUUCUCCGAGCAUCGCUUCCAAGACCCGAGAGAAAAAGGCCAAGAAGACGAAAGAACUGGAAGAUAUUCUGAGCGAGAAAGGAUUCCAAGACACCCAAUAUCCAGGCUACAAGGACUUCAGGGCUGAGGCCUUCCUUCACCAACAGCAAAGGCAAGAAUGCCUAAGGAAAGCCGGAGAAGCAUAUCGCAUGGGGAUGAAGCCAGUGGCGGCGUUUUAUGUGCAACAGGGUCAGCUUCAUGAGGAGAAGAUGAAAGAAGCCAAUGAAGACGCAGCUCAGCAAAUCUUUGAGACAGUCAACGCUUCAAAGCUGCCUAUCAACCUUUUGGACCUUCAUGGUCUUCACGUGGAUGAAGCUUUGAGCCACCUCUCUAGAGUCCUGCAGGAGAAAACCAAAGAGUACAGCCUGGCAGGCGGCAUACCGUAUCUCUACGUGAUCACCGGAAGGGGAAACCAUAGCCAGGGAGGGGUUGCUCGGAUCAAGCCAGCAGUUAUGAAAUACCUCACCAGCCACAAAUUCAGGUUCACAGAAAUAAAGUCAGGCUGUUUUAAGAUCUUGUUGGAAUAAAAAGGAAGUCAAGCCAAGAGGAUCUGAAAAGCUGAGGUUACACCAAAGCAGAAACAACGUCACAUUUUAAUGGGAUAAAUGUGUGACUUGUCAAAAACAAGAUUUCAGUGGAAAGGGCUUAACUGUCAGCAGGUGUUUGUGUCAAUGUGUUUUUUUCCUACCAAAUCUUUGUGUGUGUGUGUGUGUGUUUUAAUGAGAAGUAUUUUUAUAAGCCACCUACCUAUCAAGAAGUACAUCCAGUAACUACCUUCACAACAAGAAAUACGUUUUUCAAAGGGAAAAGCAGAUGUUUCAGUCGGAAAAACUCUGCCCUUUUCAGACUUUUAACAAAUACCCAUAAACACCUGGAAUAUAGUGUUUUUUUUAAAAAAAAUGGUCUCUACUCCAUUUGAAAUUAUGGCUGAGCUUACAUCGGAUGCUUCGAAGGACUCUACGAGGUUUCGGAUUAUAAGAGCUAACGAUUGCCUCCUUGUGUGUUUUUCACAAGAAUGCUUGGCUCACUUCCGAAAACGAGGAGAAAAUGGGUUGCAUUUAUUUUCAGGGCAAAAACAAAAUGAUGUAGCUUGUAUCUCAGCUUUUCAUUUCUUUUCUCCUCCUGUUUAUCUCUAAUGCACCGGCAGGCUGCCUGAUGGGAUAGUAAAACUGUGGUGAGAAAGAACUGGCAGGGCCUAUUCGCUUAGAGGUUUGGCCUUGACUGCUUAUUUGGGUAAGUGUCAUUUGCUAGAAUUGGGCCCUGUCAUUGCAAGGAUAAUUCACGACUUGGGAGCUUUCGAUGCUCCCACAGAACUCGGUAUCAGCAGGCCGAGCCUGUCAAUAUUAAGAUCUGCCAUUAAGUGCAACAAGCAUUGAACAACGAACACAGAAGUGUAUAUUCAGGUAUAUCUUUGCAUUGUGAGCAAAACGCCAGCCCGCAAUGGUUAUUGCCAAUACUUCUGGAAAAGACUCUAAGGAAAACCCACCUUCUCGGUCCUAACGCCAUAAAAACGACGCAGGUUCUCUUAGAGAAAACACCAGCAUCCGUUUUAUGACUGUGUAUAAAAGAUGACCAGUUCUGAGCACAUCCUCAUGUCAUUAAGUAGAACACAAAUAGAAGACUCCUAUGGCAGCUAUUCCGAUCAUUCUGCAUCGACUGAUGGUUUUUUUUUCCCCUUGUCAUUUUGCCAUGAAUUUACAGUGGUUUUGUCAAACUAGCAUCUGGGAAGCCAAAGCGUUGUAGUGCAUCCUUGCAGGUCUUGGUGAUAUUUUUGUGACCUGUUUUUUAAAAUCUUUCUUUAAGACACAAUGUAAUUGUACAUUUAGUAUGGGGUUUUUUUGUUUUUUUUUUAAAAAAAGAUGAGAUUGCUGAAGGGAAUAUGUGACUGUUUAUGGUGUUUUUAAAAACACUUUUCUGAGUCAGAAUAUAUAGGGUGAUUCCUGAGCUGAAUUUCUGCUGUGGUAUUCAGUUCCUCUCUACCGAACCAAUUAAGACAAAUAGAAAUGUUUUAAGAUCAUGUAUUACUUUCUUGAGAAAAACGGAAUGGACAAUUUUAUGUUUCUCCUUUCAAAAGAGAGCAGCAAUUUUUUUUCAAAUACUUUUUU